GCUCAUAGUUCCAAACGCACGCAGAGAGUAAGCCGCGGCGAGACCAGGACGAGAUUUCAAAAUGAAGUUUAACAUUGCAAAUCCCACCACUGGAUGCCAGAAGAAGCUGGAAAUUGAUGACGACCUGAAGCUUCGGGCAUUUUGGGACAAGAGGAUCUCACAGGAGGUCCUUGGUGAUGCUCUGGGUGAGGAAUUUAAGGGCUAUGUUUUCAAAAUCACCGGUGGUUGUGACAAACAAGGAUUCCCAAUGAAACAGGGAGUGUUGACACCUGGUCGUGUCCGACUCUUGCUCUAUAGAGGAACUCCUUGUUUCCGUGGACAUGGAAGGCGUAAUGGAGAGCGUAGAAGGAAGUCUGUGCGUGGGUGCAUUGUCAGCCCAGACCUCUCUGUUCUGAACUUGGUAAUUGUGAAGAAGGGUGAUAAUGAUUUACCAGGUCUGACUGAUGUUGAGAAGCCAAGGAUGAGGGGCCCAAAGAGAGCAUCCAAAAUCCGAAAGCUGUUCAACCUGUCAAAGGAGGACGAUGUGAGAAAGUAUGUUAACACAUACCGUCGAACCUUUACAACAAAAGCUGGGAAAAAAGUGAGCAAAGCUCCAAAGAUACAACGACUGGUCACUCCUUUGACACUCCAAAGGAAGCGAGCAAGAAUAGCAGAUAAGAAGAAGAGAAUUUCUAAGGCAAAAUCAGAGGCAGCGGAUUAUCAGAAACUCCUUGCGUCCAGAUUGAAGGAGCAGAGGGAACACCGUAGUGAGAGUUUGGCAAAGAGGAGAUCCAAAAUAUCCAGUGCCACCAAGCCAACUGUCACAGCAUAAGCUGCUUUCAAAGAGAUAUAUAUAUGGUGAGGUUUAAACUUUGCCGUAGUUUUUGGCAGUCUUGUUCCAUGAGGGUGAUUACGAAAUACAUUUAUGUUUUUGCUAUUUGAAUACAUUAAGUUUAUUGACGUA